AUGAUACUAUUUCACAUCCUGUUGCUGCCUCUGGUGGCAGCAGUACCACUGAAUCUAUCUUUGAAGAACUACGUCUUGAAUAUCGAGAAUGGAACUUUGAAGAAUGUUGAAUACAGCGGUGAUGCUACCACGGAGCUCGAUUUGUCAAACAUGGAACUCCUGCGUGUUGAGAAGGAUGCUCUGGACAACAUAUCGAACAUAAAAUCUUUAAGCUUGGCAAAUAAUUCCAUAGAAUCACUACCGGAAUUCAUGUUCUCGAAUCUGACGAAUCUGGAAAAUCUGAAUCUGGCCGAUAAUAAACUCGCCAGUUUGGAGAACCUGUUCGUCCGUCUGGAGAAACUCGAAGUGUUAAAUAUUUCCUGUAAUCCUGUGAUGCAUCUUCGAAGAGGGCAUCUGUUCGGUUUAACAAAGUCCACGACGAUUUACACACACAGAAAUCAUUUCUGGAGUAUAAGCACCGGGACGUUCACGAAUUCGUUCCUUAAAUACAAUGAAGAUUUGAAGCAGCUGGAGGAAAUGAAGGCUGAGGGUGACAUCGAGCAGAAAAAUCAGGAGAAGGAAAAGCAGAUGGACUCUGCCAAAGAUGACUUACUGAAGUGCGAUUGCCCGCAGUCGGACAAAGUUCAAAUAAAGCCGGGUCAAAAAUUGAAACUGUGCAUUCCUAAUAAAAUGCUUCUUUCCAUAGAGCCCCUGGAAGAGGGUACACAGAUCGCUGAAGGAAGUCCGUGCUUAGAGUGGCCAAUAGACGAGAAAGAAAAGAAAGUAAGCCUCCGGGGUUUGGGCAUCGAAGGCUUUCACGAAGGCUGGUAUCAAUUGCAAUACUAUCAAAUUGCUUCCUUAGACCUGUCUAAUAACGAUAUAACCGAAAUCACCAAAGAAUUGCUGAACGAUCUUCCCGAGGGCUUGAUUUACAUCAACCUUUCGGAGAACAGAAUCAGGGGUAUCUACAAUCAGGUGAUCGAGAACAGUUACUUGAAAAUGCUCAAUCUUAAAAACAACUUAAUCGAACAUAUUGAAGAGGGUGCUCUGCAAAAGACAAAUUUAACCGGUCUAUUCCUGACUGGUAAUCAAUUGGACAAUCUAGCUUUUGUCUCCAGCUUGCCCCAAACCCUCACAGAGCUCGUAAUGUCCGACAAUCAAAUCCCUUCGAUUUCUGACAACGCAUUCUCCAACCUGCCUCGAUUGAUGUACUUAAACCUGGAUAAUAACAAUAUUAACAGGCUCCAGAAUAACGCCUUCCAGGGCCUUGAAUCUCUACAGGUUCUGAUCGUGACGCGAAACAGUUUGAUGGAGAUCGAACGUGAAGCAUUUGCCAAUCUGAGACGACUCACCACUCUGUACCUGUAUCGGAACUCCUUAACCAAACUGCAGAAUGGAACGUUCGCAGAAUUAGAGAGUCUGAAAGACCUUAACCUGGCCUGGAACAAAUUUGAUAUAAUUACUAAUAACACGUUUGCCUGCCUGCCUCAGGCGCUGGACUUUUUACAUCUCGAUUUCAACGAGAUAAAGACUCUCGAAGCUGGCAGCUUCGUCGAUGUUCCUCGGUUCACUUUAUCUCUGACCGGAAACAAGAUCUCAAGUAUUCAACGAGGAACAUUUGAUCUUCCGACGCUCAAGGACCUCCACUUGAACAACAAUACAUUGACCACCAUCGACGGUGACAGUUACGAAGGUCUGCCUCAACUGAAAAGACUUUGGCUAACUGCUAAUCAGAUCGUGGAAAUACCGAAAGGCUCUUGCAAGAAUUUGGGUAGCUUGAAUAUUUUGGAUAUCUCGCAGAAUCCCUUUCAGGAGCUGAAGAACGGCGCUCUAUACGGACUCAACACGGCACGUGGCAAUUUCUUGUAUAUUUAUCAUAAUCAACUGAAGGCACUUGAGGGCGGAGUAUUCGAUGACGUUUAA